GUUCCUCAGGUCCUGGCGAUUUCGUUACAUUCCGCACAUCACGGAUAUUAUUUUAUUUAUCACCCCGGUGUCGAUAGAAUUUAAUUAUCAUCAAGUGCAAUAAAUUGAGUUUUUCAGUGUAAAAUAACGAGGACGUUUGAAAUUCCAUCUGCUCGAUUUCCCAGCAACAGGCAAAGGAAGAAAGAUGAUUCAGAGGCAAUUUUUCCAUAUUACCUUGAUAUUAGCAUUGGCUCUGAUGAUGAAUAUUGGAAUCAGUGCAGCAGAUGAGCCGAGAGUAACAGUUCCAGUACAAGGGAUUCAUCAACGUGGCUGCGAAGCCCCGAAGAAAGAUUAUGACUUGAUAACAGAAUAUAAACGCCUACCACAAUAUCGCUACCUAGCCGCAUACAAACGAUUCCCUGAUUAUCUUUACAGCUUCGGUAUAGGAAAAAGAUUUGACGACAGUAUCAAGAGGAACUCUCCGUAUUCCUUUGGUGUUGGCAAACGCAACGCCUUCCCCAGACUCUAUCCUGUGAGACUUCCCCUGGAGUACGUGCCCCUUGAUGGAAAAAAUUACGAUUCAAAUCUGAUAAUCGAUGAUUCCGGUGAAAUAAAACGUAAUUCACCGUCGCACGCGUACGGAUUCGGCAUUGGAAAGAGAAAUCUACAAUUAUUCAAUGGAGAUUUCGAUUCUGAUAAUCGAGAAUUGAGUGAUGACAGAAAAAUCGCUGACGAUGGUCAACUGUGGGAUCAGUUCUAACUGAUUUUCAGAUCGUCACGUCAUUUUUAUCCUUUUUUCAAUGUCUGUGUACACUGAGAACAAUGAAAACUCAAAUAAAUAUUCACGUGAAAGAUGAAUCUCAGUCUAUCUCGGUGUAAAAAACAUUUGGAUAAACAAUUUAUCGUCAAUUAUUUUACGCAGGGCUAAAUGCUUAUCUCUUGACUGUAAAUCAAUCACCAGCUAGAACGAUUACCAAUGGAAAAUCAAAAUCAGUAGUGGAAUGAGAGAAUAAUUAUUUCAUCUCAGAAUCCAAUUUUUAUUUUCAUAUA